AUGCCCUUGCAGGGCUCCUGCCGCUCUAUUGGAAUGGAAAUGACUUCAGUCCUUGCCCAGUGUCUUGCCAACCUCGAAACAGUAAAGCCGCAGAUGCUUUUCCGCUCCUCGACCAGCCAUCCGUACAGAUUACACAUCUGCCCAUUCAAAGAUACGAGAAUGGAGAAACCAAGCUUCCCUGUUCCUUUUGCUAUUCGGGGGCAUCCACUAGUAAACCCUAAUGAUGAAAAAUAUAGAUCUAUCCGGAUUGGAAACACAGCUUUUUCUACUAGACUCUUGCCUGUCAGAGGAGCUGUGGAAUGUUUAUUUGAAAUGGGAUUUGAAGAAGGAGAAACACAUCUUAUCUUUCCUAAAAAAGCGUCAGUGGAGCAGCUGCAGAAAAUCCGUGACCUGAUUGCCCUAGAGAGAAGCAGCAGAUUGGAUGGAUCAAAUAACAACCCCAAAGUGGAGUUAUCUCAGCAGCCCGCAUCCAGCACCCAGCUGCCCGCAGCGCCAUCAUCAGAUCCUGUUGGGUUAAUGCAGCACCCAGGGAACAGUCAGGGGCAGCCACCAACCCCGCUGUCUGUACCAACGGUUACUGCUAAUUCAUCCAUUCUAAAAAUGCUUCAGUCCAACAUUCAGCAUGUGCUGAUCUAUGAGAACCUUCUUCUCCAGCAGAAAGCAUUGGCUUGUAUUCCGGUCCUCGAACUGAGAAGGAGAUCGCAAGAGAAGCUAUCUAGAGCUAGAAAAUUGGAUAAAGGUACUUUGUUCAAUGAGGAAGAUUUUCUUUUGCUGGAGCUUUUGCAUUGGUUUAAGGAAGAAUUUUUUCACUGGGUGAAUAACAUUAUGUGCAGUGAAUGUGGUGGCCCCACUAGGUCUAGAGGCGACAUGUUACCCCCCAAUGAUGAAGAGCUGAUUUGGGGUGCAAACAGAGUAGAAGACCAUUACUGUGAUGUGUGCCAAUUCAGCAAUCGAUUCCCCAGGUAUAAUAACCCUGAGAAACUUUUGGAAACAAGAUGUGGACGGUGUGGCGAGUGGGCCAAUUGUUUUACACUGUGCUGCCGAGCUUUAGGGUUUGAAGCUCGCUAUGUUUGGGAUUACACAGACCAUGUCUGGACAGAAGUCUACUCUCCUUCCCAGCAGCGGUGGCUGCACUGCGAUGCGUGUGAGGAUGUCUGUGACAAGCCCCUCCUUUAUGAAAUCGGGUGGGGCAAGAAGAUCUCCUAUGUGAUAGCAUUCUCCAAAGAUGAGGUGGUUGAUGUCACUUGGCGAUACUCUUGUAAACAUGAAGAGGUAAUCUCUAGAAGAACUGAGGUUAAAGAAGAAUUACUUCGAGAAACAAUUAAUAGGCUGAAUAAGCAGAGACAGCAGUCCUUGUCAGAAAGCCGAAGAAAAGAACUUCUCCAAAGGAUAAUCGUGGAGCUGGUUGAGUUUAUAUCUCCCAAAACCCCGAAGCCUGGAGAACUAGGCGGGAGAACCUCCGGGUCUGUGGCUUGGCGGGUAGCCCGCGGUGAACUGGGUCUAGAGACACAAGAAACCUUGUUCAUUCCUUCUGAAGAUGAGAAGAUUUCCAGGCAGCUUCACCUUUGUUAUAAUGUUGCGAAAGAUCACUAUGUCCGAGUUUCAAAUAACAACGAGACCAUUUCUGGAUGGGAGAAUGGUGUGUGGAGAAUGGAAUCCAUCUUCAGAAAAGUGGAAACGGACUGGCACAUGGUGUACUUAGCCCGAAAGGAAGGGUCAUCCUUUGGGUAUAUCUCCUGGAAGUUUGAGUGUGGCUCAGUCGGGCUCAAAGUAGAGAGCAUCUCCAUUCGCACCAGCAGUCAGACCUUUGAGACGGGAACGAUUCAGUGGAGGCUGCAGUCUGAUAACGCCCAGGUGGAACUGUUGGGAGAUAAAAUGCUUCGCUCCUAUCAUGAUUUUUCUGGUGUCACUGAAGUUAUUUUGGAAGCUGAAUUAAGCAGAGGAGAAGGUGAUGUUGCCUGGCAACAUACGCAGCUGUUCAGACAGAGCCUAGAUGAUCAUGAAGAAAAUUGCUUGGAGAUCAUCAUAACAUUCGAUGACCUUUGAGAACCUGAACAUGACAGCAGUGCUGACAGUAAUCAAGAACUUCCCACGCUUAAAGCCGUCCGUUGAUUCCGCGCAUGCUCCGUUGGCUACCCUGUGCUUGUGGAUUUCUGUUGCUGCCUAUACACCAUGUAACCCUCAUGAAAAUACUAUCUUUAUACUCUGGACCGUGAUGAACUCUUGAAUUAAAAUCCCUCUUCAAUGCAUGACUGUAGUUUCUUAAUAUUUGAGUAACGUGUUACUACCCCAAUAUGAAAUUUUAAUUUGAAAACUAAGUAUAAUUCUAAAAGUCAAAUGAUGGUUUUCAUGAUUCCAUCCUAUUAAUGAUUAUGGUAAAGUCUUGAGGUAAUAAUAAUUAUUUGACAUUUUCUGAUCAGCCAUUAAUUUUUUUCAUAAGCAGUUGGUCUAGAGUUUCCUGAGAUUUUUAAUUUGUAAUGUGAAAGUCUAGAUGUUUUAAGUUAUAUAAUGCAUGAGCCAUUUUUAUUACUGUAAAUAUGUAGGCAUCUAAGAAAUAAAUUGAAUUAUUUUGCCUUA